GGUGGUCGUCUUCCUUCAGCCUUCAGCUCAGAAGAAGUCCGAGAGAGCCUCCAAGCAAAGCAGCGAUCUUUCCGUCUCGAUCGGAGCUCUCGGCCGGCGUCCAAUCGGCGAAUCGUUGGCGGAAGCAGGAAGGAGGAAAGCGACGAUGAAAUUCGGCUUCGUAAUCGGCGUCUUCGGGGUCCUGAUCCUGUCCCACGCCGCCUAUUCCACCGUCCAGUACAAGGGCUUGUUGAAGAUCAUGGAGGAGGAAUUCUCCGGGCCUCCGCUCAACGUGGUUGCUGAAUCGCUCGUGGGUCUCGUUCUCUGUAUGUGGGCUGCUCUCACUGUGCCUGGAAAGUUCCUCUCGAUCCAUCCCGAUUCCGAAGAGAACAGGAUCGUUUCUCUCCCAGACAACAUGGACUUCAUGAUUUUCAACCACCGUGGUAGAGUGUUCCCUUCUCAACUGGAUCUGAAGUUGAAGCAUUGAGACUUCUGACGGAAUGAGUGCCCUGAAGGCUUUAUGAGCUUUCUCUCCCUCCUUUCUGAACUUGAGACGCGUAGAAGAUUUAUAAUCCAAGCUUCACCAAAAGUCCAAAGGCUUUCACACUAUAUAAUUCCUAGAACUGUAGGAAAAACCAGACAUUGCAUUCAUUGGAGUACUUUAUGAUUUUCGCGUGCAAACAGAAGGGUUGAUUUUGACUCUGGCCGAUUACCGUCCAAAAUGGAGAAGCACACAACAUCAUGAGCAUGUUUAGUGUAUGUUUGACGUUUUGAGCUCCAGUUUGAUGAAAAUGAGAUCCAUGUAGACUUUCCCUUUUGACGUUUCGACUUCUAUAUGCAAAGCCUCCUCUGUCUUCUUGUGAGCUUA